CGGCAUUGAGAUGGCUCAGGAAGAUCAAGAAUAUCGUCAGGCCAUAAUCAAUCGUUUACGGGAACGUAAUAGGCGCGAUGUGUUGCCAUUUAAAGAAAUCAUACAGCAAAAUAAUCGCCUACUGGACAGUGUUGCCCAGUUGAAAUCGGACAAUUUAAAAAUAUCCGUAGAAAAUGAACAGCUACGCACGGCCAUCUCAACAGGUGUCGGUGGCGGUAAAGAUAGCACAGCUGCCCAGUUGGCCAUUGCCGCAUUGGAAAAGAAACUUCUGGCCCAGCAGGAAGAAUUAACCUCCCUGCAUAAACGUAAAGGAGAAAAUUCCCAACUAAUCGUUGAUUUAAAUUUAAAAAUGGAAAAACAACAGCAAAUCAUUGCCAGCAAGGAACAAAGCCUUGCAGAACAGAAAAAUACCAACGCUUCCUUAAAGGCUGAAGUGCAAAUGUUAAAAUCCAGUCUCGAGGAAUUGAAAAAUCUCAAUACAACAUUGCGUGAUGAAUAUACCGCCUUACAGUUGGCUUUUAGUGCAUUAGAAGAUAAGUUGAGAAGUGUUCAGGAUGAAAAUCGUCGUUUAUUGGAUCGUUUAAUGCACUACAAAGCCAAGGAUGCCGAUAAAUUGAAUGAAGAAAACGAAAGCUUUAUAAGAAAACGUUCCGAUAAACUGAAACGUGAACUUGAAGACGCUGUACGUGAACCAAAUUCAUCAUUUACCCAUCAUCGUAAUUCGUCGGGGUCCUCAAUACACGGUGGGGCUGGUGGUGAUGCCUAUGACGACAGUGAUCGCGACACACUGAGUGGUGAUCAUAAUAUUGAAACCGGCUGUGAUGCUGAAAUGUAUGGUUCACCGCAAGAUCCCUUCCACACCGGCGGCAUGGGUAGCUAUAUGAAGAGUGCAAAUCCAACAAAUAUCUAUAUGAAAUUUGAGGCCCACGAAACAGAAUCACAUGCGGUACGUUGGAGUCCCAUAGAACGUGUCAUUGCAACGGGAGGUGCGGAUCGCAAGGUCAAGCUGUGGGAUGUGGGGAAAGGCUCAUCAGAACCACGUUCCGUUUUGGGAGGCAGCAGUGCUGGUAUUAAUUCCGUCGAUUUUGAUUCCACUGGUACCUAUAUAAUAGGCACAUCAAACGAUUAUGGAGCACGCGUUUGGACAGUGGGAGAUAAUAGAUUAAGGGUAAGUGAUAAUUCUAAGAAUACUGAAGCUAAAUGA